AUGGCUGAGACAGUAAAGAUGUUGAUGCUCGUUCUUGUUGAAAUUCCAAAGGACAGAGGCUUUGUAACUGUGCAUCCCAAACUGGAUAGUGGUGCAUUUGUUGUUUCACAAAUGAAUUUAAUGAGAAUUCAGAAUUUAAUCAUAUGCCAAGGAAUCAAUGAAUUAUGGAGUUUGAAUGUUGUGUUUGAGUUCAUGGAGAAAGAUUUAGGGGGUGUAAUUCGUGAUCGUAAUAUUGUGCUUUCGGCAACUGAUUUUAGGUCAUAUAUUCAGAUGACCUUGAAAGGGCUGGCAUCCGGCCAUAAGAAAGGAAUUCUACAUUUGGAUUUAAAACCAGAUAAUCUACUUAUUGGACCUCGCGGACAGCUGAAGCUUGCCGACUUCGGCUUGGCUAGGAUAUUUGGAAGUCCAGACAAGAUUUUUGGUCACCAGGGAAAUAGUGAUAUUGAUCAACUGGGGAAGAUCUUUGCUGCUUUUGGAACUCCAAAGCCUUCACAGCAAUUAGGAAUGAUGUAUUUGCCUCAUUUUCUGGAAUAUAAAGAUGUUGCUAGGCAAUCACUCCACACACUUUUUCCAAUGGCUAUUGAUGAUGCCUUGGAUCUUUUAUCAAAGAUGUUCACUUAUGAUCCAGAAACCAGGAUUUCAGCACAACAUGCAUUACAACAUAGGUACUUCUCUUCUGGAUCUCUAUCCAUGGAACCAGAUUCACUUCCAAGACUUGCUCAGGAAAAGGAUGCGUCCAAUCUACAGGAUGGUCCAGCUAUAUUGUCUACGGGAUGGUCAACAGAAUUAAAUCCACAAGAUGGUCCAAAUCAUUUGGCUCCUCCAAGAAAGUCUAGAAGGGUUAUGCCAAAUCCUGAAUUCCUUUUGAGUGCUAACUUGGGAGAAAGUACGAAAUAUACUACCCCGGAGAAAGCUCCUAUACUCUCAUUGAGUGAAUUUUUAGGAAUCAGGUCAAAACAGUUUGUAUCACCCUCAAGUAUUUCCACAAUGAAACAAUUGGAAAGAAGCCAUAACUUGCAUCACAGUAGUAAAUCCAAAUCUUUGAAAGUGAAAAGCAAGGAACCAAAGGAUGCAACUGCAAAGAAAAUGAGUUGUCCUGAAUUGGUUGAAGCUGAUAUCGAAUUCAUUAAAAUGGAUCAAUCUUGGAAUGAAACCAAUGAUGAGAAGGUGGCGGAAGGCAACUUAGAGGCAGAACCAACGGUGAAUAUGCAAGAUGUCAUAAAGGAGAUUUCAGGUUACUUUGAUAGACCACAGCAAAAAUUGAUUCAAUAUGUGUUUAAUGAAGGGGACUCACUCGAGUGUUUAGCUGAAAUUUAUAUGGAAACUGUGACUCGUGCUUCGUUGGUCACAUUGAAACCCGAAGGAUGGUUGAAUUCUGAGGAGGAAUUAAAGUCAGAUGUUAGAGAUGAUAAGGUGUUAAAGAAGAUAUGGAAAAAAUAUUUGACGCAAGAUACUUAUGGUGGUGACAUUCAUAGCUGUGAAAAGAUGUUCAUUCCAAUAAAUGAUGGAGGACGCCAUUGGUAUGGAUGUAUGAUUAAUUUCGAGGAAAGGCGUGUUUCAAUGCUAGAUUCAAUGGCAUCUUCUUGUGAUCAAAGAAAAGCAUUGGUGGUUAAAGUGCUGCAGGAUGUACUUGAAAUAGGAUUUGGCAACACAUACAAAGGCAACAUCGUCUCUUUUCCAAUUGAGGUACCAGAUUGGUUGCCUAAACAACGUAAUUGGGCUUGUCCCGUCCUUUCCCUUCACCGGAUUCCUCCAUUUCCGUCACCGGAUUGUGACAAUUGGUAUCAAGAUCUUAUGGGAGAGGAAGAACAGUUGGCUUGGGACGAUUUCUGUGAGGAAUUUUUCAUCAAUUCGCCGUUCAAGAAACAGAGGAGUUGGUUACCGAUUCUUCUGAAUCCUUGUUCUCGGGUCCUACAGAACAAGUGGAGGAACGUCUCUUCUGCUAAAAGAAGACUUCAAUGUUGGCCUGAGCUGGUUUCUGGUUUUAAAGGUGGCACCACAAAAAAUGAAAGUAGUGCUAGAGUUAAGCUGUUAGUUGAUGAAUGGAGUUCGACUCUAGUUGAUGACCUUCGUGAAGUUGAAUUUGGUGCCGUGUUGGAUAAAGGAAGCUUGGUAACUGUGUUGAACGGAACUGGAAUGUUGCAAGAGAAUGCAGAUAGGGCAUAUGUUUCCUGGCCAUUGGUUGCCACUGUUUUUAGAGGUGGAACAAUGUUUUUGAGACUGAGGGUUUGGGUUCAGUUGGCUACGUGUUUCAGAGGGGGUACCCUAGUUGUCGAAGGCUACAGGACACACUUAAUAUCACUUGACCAGUCAUCUUUUGUUUGGAUGAUUGCUUGGCGAAGUAUAUCAACGGGAAGUACUCUAUCUGAAUGUCUAUUCAGAUGCAGUGAUCAAGCUUUGGUGGCUGUUUCAGUUUCCAGGAAGCUCAACUUGCAGUUGCUGUUUUCAGAUUGGAUUGAUGCCAAGCAGUGA